UCCCCUCUGGGGCGUUCCCGGCUGGGAGGGGAGAAGUCCGGGAAAAGGGCCGCAAAAGCGAAGCGAAGCGCCUCCCCGCCCCCCGAUCCCGCUCGCCUCUCCGCCUGGGGAGCUGGCAAUGCGCCCUGGGCGCACCUGGCUUCUUUGGCAAUGCGCCCUGGGCGCAUGGCGCGCAGGGCUCCCCUGGCCGUUGUGCGCCUGCCGGGGGAAGGAGUUUCGAGAGCAGGCAGGCGGCCAAGAAGAGGAGGAGCUGUAGGCGGAACUCCCCCGGGGAGGGGAGGCCGGUAAGAGGCGUCUGUGAAAGUCCCUAGUAUUCAGCUGAGCCGACGGGGAAGUCCCGGCUUCCUCUACCGCCGAGGGUGGGCGAAGCAGCGGGUGUCACCGCCGCUCCUCGGGAUUCACUCGUGGGCGCCCGCGGGGCACUGAGGGCACUGCCAUCGCCACCCGGACCGUCGGGUUUGGGCGGCGGGGGAGCACUUCCAGCCAGGAAAAAGGAAAACAAGAGAAGAGAAUUGGCAAGGGACGGAGCGCGGAGACCGGGCGCGGCUUGACUGGUGACUCCUUUCCCCGGAAUCCAGAAAGCGGACGAGGAGGGUGCGGGUGGGGUUGUGACCUUCCUGCACCCCCCACCCCACCCCUCGGCUCUCUCCUGCUGCUCUCGGAAAGGACUGCCUGCCGGCUUCCUGAGCAUGACACCUCACCCACUGCCCACACCCUGUGAGCAAAGCGCUCAGGUGUGAUCACAUGGCGCGUCGGUGGAGGUAACCGGGCCAUCCAAUCUUCCGAGCCUAUGGAAAGGGAUUUGCAGCGUCCGUCGGAGGGCGCUUGGAAAGCGGCCGCCGUCGGAAACUGAGAGCCUCCCCCAAGCUGCCUUGGGUGAGCGGGUUCCCUGGGGGCUUUUGGUUUGCGAACAUGAGCAGGUGAUGGUGACUUUCCGACUGCCCACUCAGCAGCACCCGGGAAAGCUGACCAGGUGGACGCCUCCCGCUCCACCAGCCCUUGACCCAGCUCUGGAGCCGAAAGCGAACCCUGCCCGGGAGUCCCUGCCCGGCGACGGCAAGGAGGAUUUGGCAAACAUGGCCGGGGAGCUACCUGUGGACUUGAGCACCUGGCGGAAAGGGGGCAGCCAAGGCAGAUGCAUCGCCCCCGACAGAGAGGUUUCUUUGGACGCCUCCGGGAGGCAGUUGCCUACUUCCCGGGAGCCCGAGGAAGCCCCGAGUGCCGUCUGUCAGCCCGGCCCCAUCCUUCCAGGAAUGCGGAGCACAGCUUCUCCCCAGGCGGGGCUGGAGGGGGAGAAGAAGGCCAAGACGUGCUUGCCCUUGCGGAAACGCCCGUAUGUCGUGCCGGGGGCAGAUGGGGACGCCCAGGGGCCGCUGGCUGGCAAAGUCCCCAAGACGGAGAGCAGCGAGCUGUGGGGCUCCCCCUUCAAUGGUUACCACUCUCCGUAUAUCUCUGUCAGCUACCCAAGAUUCCCAGCUGCCUAUUACUCAGGUUUGGCCGGCCCCUUCCUCAGCCCUGAGAUGUCGCCGCUUUUGCAUCCCGUGACCCCCAACCCAGUGCUGAGGGUCCCUACCCCUUACGCUUUCCUCUGCCCCGUGGAGGCCCAGUUGGCCCUAGACGUUGCCACAGCGACCAAGCCAGAUGAGGACGGAGACACGCCUCUCCACAUUGCUGUGGUUCAGGGGAAUCUUCUGGCCGCUCGGCGCCUGAUUGCUCUUUUCCACCAGGGGAGGCAAAGCCUGGACACCUUCAACAACCUGCGGCAGACCCCCUUACACUUGGCUGUCAUCACAGCCCAGCCAACUCUGGUGAAGCUGCUGUUGUCUCACGGAGCAUCGCCCAUGGUGCUGGACCGCAACGGGCAGACCGCCCUCCACCUUGCCUGCGAACACGACAGCGUCCAUUGCCUGCAGGAGUUGCUGGAUGGGAGCCCGGCCCCUCUGGAUCUGGAGGCGCGAAACUUUGAGGGUUUUACACCUCUCCAUGUGGCUGUUGGAACCCAGAAUCGUGACAUUAUUCUGACUCUGCUAGAACAUGGGGCAGAUGUUGAUGCUGUGGAUAUUAAGAGCGGGCGGUCUCCGCUUCUGCAUGCCGUGGAGAACGAUAAUCUAGAGAUGGUUGAACUGCUGCUACAGCAUGGAGCCAACGUCAAUGCACAGUCGUACGGGGGCAACACAGCACUCCAUGCGGCCUGUGGGCGAGGGCUUCUGGAAACCCUGCGUCUCCUGGUGCGCAACGGGGCGGACGGCAGCUUGAAGAACUACCACAAUGACACCCCUUUGAUGGUGGCCAAGAAUAAAAGGGUGAUUGACAUCCUGAGAGGAAAAACUUCCCGCCCUGGGCCGCCGCCUGAAAACAUCCGUGAGGGAUCGUCGCCAGCAACCAGCAAUGCCAGCUCUCCUGGUAUCCGACCCGUCCACACUGGCUUGCUGAGGGCUUCGCCCGACUCCUGCCCCACCACCCCUAGCCCCGCCCAGACCCCAAAACCCCACAGAGCCGUGCAGUCCCCCAAUUCGGCCAAUCAGAAGCCCGAGAGCACCGCAACAACCAAUGGGCCUUUGACACAUGGCACCUUGCCUGGGGUGAAACUGGAAAGGAGCCCGACUCCGCCCACACCGGAGCAGCCAAUGGGAUUUCCAGGGAUGCCCAAAUUCUUCCUGCCAGUGGCUGAGAGCCUGGUGGAUCCCGCCUUCCACACCACCCUCUACCCUUUUGCGUCGUCCAGCCACAACUAUUCGCCACACCACCUCUGCUUCCUUCCCGCCGGCAUGCAACAUUCCGUCAUAUCCCUGCCUGCAGCGCCCCAGGCCAAUCGGAUUCACCCGCGGGGCACGGAGGUGGACCAAUCACAGACGCUGCUGGACUCUGAGACCCCGGCAACCGCCGACCUCAAAGGCCAGUGGCCAAAGAGCAGAGACAGUGGUCCUGGCGGCAGCUGACAGGAGGAGUUCGAGGGACCCUGUACACAGAGGGCUUCCCACUCAAUGCUGUGCAUCACCAGGCAACAAAGGGCCAACUCGUCCUAGACUUUUGCUGCUAUGGGUUCCUGACGCGAAAAUGGCACUUGUUUGCGGCUUCGGGACCCAGAGGGCUGCAGCUCUGACCGAUGAGACUCCUGAUCACAGGGUUGUGGGUUCGAGUUUCACGUUGGGCCAAAGAUUCCUGCGUUGCAAGGGGGGGUGGACACGGCGACCCUCAUGGUCCCUUCCAACUCUACAGUUCUAUGACAAAGCUGAGAUGAUCCUAUGGGCUGUGGUGGGCCGGUCAGUUUGACCCCUAACUACAGUCCCAACAGCCUUCCAUUUUCAGUUCUUGCCGCUUCUUUGGCUACUACCUAACAGGGCUAUUUUUGCACGUUUGGAAGGAGGUGGAAACUGCACACCCCAUUAAAAGGUAGCGCUGUAGUCCAAAUUUGACAGUGCUUUCAAUGCAAAACAGUAAGAGCUGGGAGGCACAAGUUAAAGAUACAGUGGUACCUCUGGAUAAGAACAGGAUCCGUUCCGGAGCCCCGUUCGCAUCCUGAAGAGAACGCAACCUGUGCAUGCGCGGGUCGCGAUUCACCGCUUCUGCGCAUGCGCAUGACGUCGUUUUGAGCAUCUGCGCAUGCACGAGCGGCGAAACCCGGAAGUAACGCAUUCUGUUACUUCCGGGUCGCCGUGGAGCGCAACCCAAAACGCUCAGCCUGAAGCAACUUUAACCUGAGGUAUGACUGUAUCUCAGUCUACUCUCCCCACACACUGCCCUUACUCUGCUCAGUAACAUUGCCAGCAAGGCCAGAAGCAGCCAAAUAUUUAAAGGUAGCACCCUGUCUUGCCAGAGGGGGAUUUAGGGCACUGCGACUGGUUCCCCCGCACUAGGCUGGAAGCCUAGGGGUUGCCGCAACCAUGACAAAAUGAAUUGAGCACAACAGAGGGUGAGAGGCAGGCGGGCACCGAAUUUUGGCCUCUUACAGGGCACCGCUGGAAUCUGAAAGGCCAAAAUUCACCCCUGAUCCUGCCCCCUUCACCGUAGGUGGGGAAGAAGCAGCAGCAGCGGUUUCCAGGGAGAGUGUGUGAGAUUUUGCCAAUUUCGCCAGCGCCCAACCAGCAGCAGCGAGGCAGCACGACGGCUCGGGAAGUGGGGCUACUUUCCCAUCUCGCCUCAGGCGGCAAAACGGGAUGUGCGGCCCCAAUUGCCAGGUUUCUUGGCAAACGAAUUUCAGGAAGUGCAAUGGUAACGUGUUGGUGAUGGAGAGGGAAGAAGGUGACGCAAGGAAGUUGGGAGGGGGCGAACAAGGGGAUUUUCUGAAAGUUUGAGCCCGAGAAAGAGGAAUACCGUGUGCAUUUUAAGGGACUGAAAUACCAGAAAUUCCCAGGCGGGUUAUUGUCUUCAGAGGAAGUUGUGGAGGUGGAGAUGAUUAGUCAGGGCAGUGAGAUGAUUAAGGGAGGGAAGGAUGAGAUGUGGCUUGCUGGCUUGCUUAGUGGUCCUCCUGGCUAUCAGAUCUUGCCUGUGAGGACCGACCAUCCUUCCUGCCCAGCUUACAAAAGAGAUUGCCAACUGGGAAGAAAGAGGGAGUCACACGCAACUUUGUCUCGAAAACCUCCUCCUAUGAAAUGCACCACUUGAAAAAUAUCAGGGUUCAAUCCCUGAUAUUUCUGGGCAGGGCUGGGAAAGACUGAAACGGCUGCCAAUCUGUGGAGGUGAUACUCAGCUAAAUGGACCAAUGGCCUGGCUUGGUAUAAGGCAGCUUCCCCUUCGCUCUUGUUGGUAUUAACCCUUGCACUCCCGGGUUCCACCACCAACACCCCUAAAAAAAACCCCACGAAAACACCCAGCAGUGAGAUCUCAGAUCCUUCCCUUCCCAACCCCCUCCUCCCCUUGCAAUCGUCUUGCCAGAUGUUCCUUCUCUGCUUCUGUGGGACCAAUACUUGAAAAGUACUAGUAGCACCCUCUGCUCAUCCCGUGGCAAGAAAACAGGAUGGGGAAGGGUCUUUUCCUAAUUUGUCAAUAAAAUAUUUUUUCUACUUUCAAAA